AUGGCGCAAUCCUACCAUCGCAUGAUCAUCGACUCGAACGAGGUUCCCGUCUGGUAUAACGUCACUGCCGCUGCAGUAUCUUGGGCUAUACUCGCUGGGUUCUUUACCUUUCCCAGUACUUUUACCUCCCUCGAGCAAUCCCAUGCCCUUGAGAAUUCUCACGUUGUGCACACACCGUAG